GCGAGGCGCAUGCGCCCAGUGCCGCCUAGGCUGGUCUCCGGGACGCCUCUCUUGACCGGUUUCGCCUCGCAGAGCCGGCAGGUCCGGGUGCUGCGGCGACCGUGCUGCCUUGCCUCCUGCGCCUCCCGGGCUGUAGCGGGCUGAGGUGUGCGGUGGCUCUGGACAGUGCCAUGAUCCGGCAAGAGCGCUCCGCAUCCUACCAGGAGCUGAGUGAGGAAUUGGACCAGGUGGUUGAGAACUCAGAGCAGGCAGACGAGCAGGACAAGGAGACGGUCAAAGUCCAAGGUCCGGGUGUCUUAACAGGCCUGGAUAGCGAGUCCGCCUCUAGCAGCAUCCGCUUCAGCAAGGCCUGCCUGAAGAACGUCUUCUCGGUCCUGCUCAUCUUCAUCUACCUGCUGCUCAUGGCCGUGGCUGUCUUCCUGGUCUACCAGACCAUCACGGACUUUCGUGAGAAACUCAAGCACCCUGUCAUGUCUGUGUCUUAUAAGGAGGUGGAUCGCUAUGAUGCCCCAGGCAUUGCCCUGUAUCCUGGACAGGCCCAGCUGCUCAGCUGUAAGCAUCAUUACGAGGUCAUUCCCCCUCUGACAAGCCCUGGCCAGCCAGGUGACAUGAAUUGCACCACCCAGAGAAUCAACUACACGGACCCUUUCUCCAAUCAGACUGUGAAAUCUGCCCUGAUUGUCCAGGGGCCCCGGGAAGUGAAGAAGCGGGAGCUGGUCUUCCUCCAGUUCCGCCUGAACAAGAGUAGUGAGGACUUCAGCGCUAUCGACUACCUCCUCUUCUCUUCUUUUCAGGAGUUCCUGCAAAGCCCAAAUAGGGUAGGCUUCAUGCAGGCCUGUGAGAGUGCCUAUUCCAGCUGGAAGUUUUCUGGGGGCUUCCGCACCUGGGUCAAGAUGUCAUUGGUGAAGACUAAGGAGGAGGAUGGGCGGGAAGCAGUGGAGUUCCGGCAAGAGACAAGUGUGGUUAACUACAUUGACCAGAGACCAGCUGCUGAGAAAAGUGCUCAGUUGUUUUUUGUAGUCUUUGAAUGGAAAGAUCCUUUCAUCCAGAAAGUCCAAGAUAUAAUCACUGCCAAUCCUUGGAACACAAUCGCUCUUCUCUGUGGGGCCUUCUUGGCAUUAUUUAAAGCAGCAGAGUUUGCCAAACUGAGUGUGAAAUGGAUGAUCAAAAUUAGGAAGAGAUACCUUAAAAGAAGAGGUCAGGCAACAAACCAUAUAAGCUGAAGUUGCCUUGCACUGUUCAUAGAACUGCCUGCAUUAAUGGAGGUUGUCAUCACUUCCACCUUGAUAAACCAAGCUGCCAGCAAUCCUGUACUCACUUGAAGAAAUGAGGCACUGGGAGAAACAGCCUGUCAAACUGGAACUUCUGACCUGGCCCGAAAGGUGGCUGUUUAGAGUCUAAUAGAAAAGAUCCAAUGGAUGACCUAAAAGUUAUUUAAGUAUUUAAAUUAUUAAUGAACAUUGUAAAGAGCUGUCCAGUGACCUUUGAAAGGAUUUGUGGAAGAUGCCAUUCUUCCUGGUUGGUUCGUUGUAUAGUUAAAUUCUAGCAGUAUAAUUAAGGCUCUACGUAUUGCCUUAGGUUUUCCCCCUAGGUUUUUAAAAUAGGCAGAAUAGAAUGUGAUUUUCUUUUCCUAAAAAUCUUAACUGUCAAGAUACGUGGGUUGUGCUUUGGAGCCUGUGCACUAUAUACAAAGAAAGGUAAAUGUCAAGCCACUGACAAGCUCUCUCAUUUGUUAAAUAUUAAAUGAGACCUUAAAGGUACUAGAAACUAGUAAUUAAACUUCUUAUAGACUGAUUAGCCAUCUACUUGUCUGGCUGGAAUAUCUAUCGAUGCAGGUAUGAGUUUAGAGUGAUUAACACGCAAAAGCACUAGAACCGAUGUACAUAGUAGGUGCCUACUGACUAUAUUUGAAUGAUUUCAUGAAUAGGUAAAUAAAAGGUUAGUACAAAAGGAACGGGUGUGCCAGUAUGACUAUCUGCUAAAUCGAUAGGUACCAAUACUCUCUCAUUCUGUGACCUCUAAAAACAAAAGGCAGCUUGAUUCCCAAGAUGGAUGGAUCUGAUUCCUGAGAGAUGUUCUAACUGCUUCCAGGAAAAGGUAGGUUGGGCAUGGUGAUCAAUGGUGGGUGACUAGGAAGAGUGGCAUAUCAUGUCCCAUAAGUCAUCUGUGUUAAUUCUUCACCAUGUCCUAUAAAACCACCCAUCAUCUGAGAAAGGGGCACUCAGUAUGACCCUCAAAACUUUUAGCUAGCCUUUUAUAGAGACGAAUAUCUAUUAAAAAGCCAUUUUGGUAUUUUUCACAUUCACUGAUUUAAGAUAUAAAAAUUGUUUCCAGAAUUUUAAGUUAUCUACAUGACCACUACAAUCAAAGAGGACUUGGUAGCAUUUCUUAAAUUUCAUAAUCUGGAAUUGGAUAAUCCAAAGGGACCAACUCAAAUGUAUGAAUAGGGCGUUUUUCUCUCAUGUCUAACUUAGCAGCAAGAAACUGUUUCUUGGUUGAAUUAUUAAAAGUCAACUGUGUAAAGAGAUUCCUGGCUACUAUUAUGCUCCAGAGAAGCAUGAGAAUUCAAAUUUUAGCCUAGGUCUCUUUGAAAAUCUUACUGUAGGGCAAAUGCAAAGCCAGGCAUAAAAGCUUACAACAACAGUAUUGAAAAACAGGUGUGUGUUCCUCUAUUAUUACUUAACUAUCUAAUAAAAUUUGCAUCACCGAA